AUGGACAGUCUCUUUCAGGUUUUUUUUCUACUUUUUCUUCCAACAGCUGCUCCAGAAGGCUCUCACUCUUUAUGGUUGCUUGCAACUUACAUUAAAGGACAAACGCCAUUUCCUGAAUUUAGCUAUGUUGCGAUGCUGGAUGAUGUCAGAGUUUUGUAUUAUAAUGGUGAAACGAAAACUCUCCAUCCAAGAGGAAAUACAACAGCUGAAGACGAUGUGUUUGAUUCAAAUGUUCUCCUCAUAAUAAGUGACAACAUACAGUCCUCUUUUAUUGAAAAGGGGGCAGUCGCAACAAAAAAUGUAAACCAAACUGAUGGUGUUCUUGCCCUUCAGAGGCUGGUUGUGUGUGAGCUGAGGGAUGAUGGUGAACCAGGACAAAUGAUCACACGGGAUGCUGUCAGAGAAACCACCACUGAUGAGCUGCUAUAUGUUGAUAAGAAUUUUACAUAUCAGGGUUCUUUAAAUGUCUCAGCCCAAGUGCUGAAUAUUCAUGUUGAAUUUAGCAUGAGGCGUCAUGAAUUUUUAUACCAACCGUUUUGCAUCAAAACACUCAAGGGUUACCUUGAAAAAAGAAGAAAUCAAGUCAAUAGAAAAGUGAAACCCAAAGUCAGGCUCCUCCAGAAACAACUAUCUUCUGGGUUUCGUGUGAGUUGUUUGGCAACAGGAUUUUACCCUCGUCACAUCAACCUGACCCUGUUCAGAGAGGGGCAGCCUGUAGCUGAUCAUGAGAUCACUGGAGGAGAUCUGCUGCCCAAUGCUGACGGGAUGUACCAGAUGAGGAAGAGUCUGGAGAUCAACAGAGCAGAAAAACACACGUACACCUGCUCUGUCACACACCUCAGUCUGGACAACAAACUGGAUGUCACUCUGGAGUUUGAUCACGGGGAACCAUUUAAAUCAGUGAUUCCUUCAGUUCUGAUGGUUUUGGCUCUGAUGUUGGUAUUUGGAGUGGCAGCUGCUAUAGCUGCAUGGAAAAGACAACGUGCAGAUUCAGUUAAAAGUGGUUAUUCUACUGCUUCAACAUCUGAAGAAAGCAUGGACACAAAAUCUGAACUGAUGUGA